AAGAAAGGAAGCCAUUGGUGAAUGGUGAGCAAAACGUUACCCUUCUCUCUGAACUCGAAGCUUUGCCUCUGGCUACAGCCUACAGGCAUCCCUCAUUGCGAACUAGUUUCGCUUUCAGGUCAUUGAUCUUUAUUUUCUUCCUCUUAUUCUUUUAAUUGGAAAAUUUAAAGAUUUUUCAACAAAGAUAUAAUGAAGAUUGGAAGCUGUGGUGGCAUUACUAGACCCAGUUUUUUGCUUGUACAUGCAGAUUUGCCCAUUUUUGCAUAUCAUAAACUGCAGUUGAAACCAGUGCCACCUCUUGGGAUUCCUAUUGACUACAUGAAGGGGAUUGGCUUAAUUACAAAAUUUCGGUGUUCUGUUGCUGAGAGAACAUUCACAUUUAGCUCUGAGGAUUCAUUUGCAUCCAAGAUAAACAAUGUUCGUUUGGGUCAGAAGAAAGGACGUUCCUCCUCACUUUAUACUCAUCCUAGUUUGCUAGACAUGAAAAACAUGAAGGUAGCAAAUCGUGCCAGGGUUUAUGACUUACUGAGAAGUAUUGGCAUUGUCCCUGAUGAACUUGAUGGGUUGGAACUUCCUGUGACAGUUGAUGUUAUGAGGGAACGUGUGGAUUUCCUUCACCAAUUAGGUCUUGCAAUUGAAGACAUUAACAACUAUCCUCUUGUUCUUGGUUGCAGUGUCAAAAAGAACAUGAUUCCUGUUCUUGACUAUCUUGGCAAAUUGGGUGUUAGGAAAUCUUCCUUCACAGAUUUCUUAAGAAGAUACCCACAAGUCCUUCAUGCUAGCGUUGUUGUAGACCUUGCUCCAGUGGUCAAAUAUCUUCAAGGAAUGGAUAUCAAGCCAAAUGAUAUUCCUCGGGUGCUUGAGAGAUACCCAGAAGUUCUGGGAUUCAAGCUUGAAGGGACCAUGAGCACAUCAGUGGCUUAUCUGGUUGGAAUUGGGGUGGCAAGGAGAGAAAUUGGAGGUGUUUUAACCAGAUACCCAGAGAUAUUGGGGAUGCGAGUAGGCCGUGUAAUCAAGCCUUUUGUGGAGUAUCUUGAGAGUUUGGGUAUACCAAGACUAGCUGUAGCUAGAUUGAUAGAGAAGCGGCCACACAUCCUUGGUUUUGGAUUAGAGGAAUUGAUUAAACCAAACGUUGAAGCCCUUCUAGAGAUUAAUGUAAGGAAAACCUCAGUUCCUUCUGUGGUAGCACAAUAUCCUGAGAUUAUUGGAAUUGACCUGAAGGCAAAGCUUCUCAGCCAACAAAGUUUGCUUCAUUCAGUCAUUGAAUUGGGUCCCGAGGAUUUUGCUAGAGUUGUGGAGAAGAUGCCGCAAGUUGUCAGCCUUAGUAGAGUUCCUAUAUUGAAGCAUGUGGACUUCCUUAAGGAUUGUGGGUUUUCCUUGCAACAAGUGGGGGAAAUGGUUGUGGGAUGUCCUCAAGUGCUUGCUUUGAAUAUUGAUGUCAUGAAACUUAGCUUUGAUUACUUUAAAAUGGAGAUGGAAAGACCUUUGGAUGAUUUGGUUACUUUCCCAGCAUUCUUUACAUAUGGUCUCGAGUCUACUAUAAAGCCAAGGCAUAAAAGGAUUGUGAAGAAGGGGCUGAAAUGUUCACUUUCAUGGCUUCUUAAUUGUUCUGAUGAGAAGUUUGAAGAAAGAAUGGACUAUGAGACCAUUGACAUGGAGGAGAUGGAAAUGCCAUCAUUUGACAUGAAUACUUUUAUGGAGCCGAGGAGUGAUGGGUCUGAUUUUGACUAUGAUGAGGACAGUGAAGAUGCGCGUGUAUAGAACAAUGAAUCAACUUUUGGCAAUGGUCUGCCAUGGAGAAUCUUGGCUUUGUGAAAAUGGCUCUUCAUGUGAAGUAGUUGUUAACUUUAGAGGAAUUAUGAAGCAUUGUUUCAUGGGAAGUUAUUUGAGCAACUAAAGAUAUUGGAUCUAAUAAACCAAAUAUUCUACAAUGAACAUCAAAGCUGGUCUUUGGUGGAAUGAACAUUGAGAGUACAUGCGCUGCUUUUGGUGGGCAUUCAGGUUUUGUAAGUAGAUGUGAAGCAAUUGAGAUAGGCACAAUAACAUUAAUCCAAGAUGUUUCCCUCUUUUCUGUAUUAAUAUCAUUUUCCUCCAUGAACGCUUGGUUCCCCUAUGUAAAGAAAAGAAGCAUUUUUCCAACUUGUAAUCCAAAAUUUUGAAGAUUCCUUUACUA